GUGUCAAUGUCAGCUGAUAGCAUCCCUGCAAGGUUCCCUCACCCAAGCUCUUGGAACGCGCAGGCCGUGGCUUGUCGUAGGAUUCUUGUAUAUCCCAGCUAAGGAGCACCAUGGAGGAGCAACAUCAGGAAGCUGGAAAUGAGAGUAAGCCUUCCUCCAUGUCGGUGGAUCUGCAGGGGGACAGUCCCUUACAGGUGGAGAUUUCUGAUGCAGUGAGUGAGCGGGACAAGGUGAAGUUCACUGUUCAAACCAAGAGUGGCCUCCCUCACUUUGCCCAGCCUGAGUUCUCAGUGGUUCGGCAGCACGAAGAGUUCAUCUGGCUACAUGACACCUAUGUGGAAAACGAAGAGUACGCUGGCCUCAUUAUUCCCCCAGCUCCUCCCAGGCCAGACUUUGAGGCUUCAAGGGAAAAGCUGCAGAAGUUGGGUGAGGGCAACAGCUCCAUCACCCGGGAAGAAUUCUCCAAGAUGAAGCAGGAGCUAGAAGCGGAGUACUUGGCCAUCUUUAAGAAGACUGUUGCGAUGCAUGAAGUCUUCCUGCAGCGCCUGGCAGCCCAUCCCACCCUGCGUCGGGACCACAACUUCUCCGUCUUCUUGGAAUACAGUCAGGAUGAGGUAGAUGACUUCUUUGAGCAUGAAAGGACCUUCCUAGUAGAAUACCACACCCGAAUCCGAGACACCUGCCAGAGGGCCGACCGUGUUAUGCACUCCCACAAGUGCCUGGCAGACAACUAUAUCCCUGUCUCUGCUGCACUGAGCAGUCUCGGAACCCAGGAAGUCAACCAACUCAAGAGGAGCUUCCUGAAGCUGGCAGAGCUCUUUGAACGGCUGAGAAAGCUGCAAGGCCGGGUAGCCUCUGAUGAGGACCUGAAGCUGUCUGACAUGCUGAGAUAUUACAUGCGAGACUCACAGGCAGCCAAGGACCUGUUGUACCGGAGGCUUCGGGCACUGGCUGACUACGAGAAUGCUAACAAGGCACUGGACAAAGCUCGGACUAGGAACCGAGAAGUACAGCCAGCAGAGAGCCACCAACAGCUGUGCUGCCAGCGCUUCGAGCGCCUCUCUGACUCUGCCAAACAAGAGCUCAUGGACUUCAAGUCUCGCCGGGUCUUGUCUUUCCGUAAGAAUCUCAUUGAGCUGGCAGAACUGGAGCUCAAGCAUGCCAAGGCCAGCACCCUGCUUCUCCAGAACACCCUUGUUGCCCUUAAGGGAGAACCUUAGUGAAACCAGACGCUUCAAUGACACUGUCCUGUCUCCUGCCUUCUCCCUAUAGAGACACUCUCCACUCCUACCAUGGUGGCCACUUGCCACACCCUUACUCUUCCUUGGGCAAACCCAGGCCCAAAGGCAGCUGACCUUGAUAGGGAAGCAUGGGGCGCCACAGGUAAGCAGAGUUCUAGGGACCCUAGCCCUCUCUACAGCAGGCUGUCAAAGCUCCACACCUCCAGCCAGCCACUGACUUUUGAAGACAUCCCCACCUGCUGCUCACAAAUAAGCCGUUUAUUACUUGGCGUUGACUUGCCUUUACUUUCCACAAAACAUGGAGACCACACAAGUCCUCAGUAAGUGGAGACAGGCCCGUGCCUCUGGGAUUUACAUCACCCUCAGUUCUUUUAAGAACACAAUCUCCCAAUCUGUCCAUACAGCUAAGUGGACUGCUUGCCUACCGUGCAUAAAGCCCUGGGGUCAAUGCCCCGCACCACAGAAAAACAAGUGUUCUUCCUGUGUCUUUCUUCUCUUACAGCAAACAUAAUGGGCCAGCUUUAAUGGGGCUUUAUAAGAAAUCAAAGCAAAGCCGGGCGUGGUGGUGCAUGCCUUUAAUCCCAGCACUUGGGAGGCAGAGG